AUGGCAACUUCGAGCAAUAAGAUUAACGAGGACUGGGAGAAACACAUCAAUAGCCAAAUAGAAUUGUCUGCUCGUUCGAGGAGCUAUGUCUAUGUCAAAGUCUUGAUCGUGUACUGGGAGGAAGGGGAUGCAGGAUUCAAAAGAGAAGGACGAGAACUGGGCGCAAUGUUUGCUGAUAAAGAGAAAUUCGGUUUUGCUAUGGACGAAUUUGCUAUUCCGAGUUCAGAAAGCCAUUUGAAUUUGCUCAAUUUUAUUGCAAGUUCGCUUCUCGAGGUCAGCACCUACGCAAAAGAGCAGCGGGGUACAUCUUUGAUCAUAAUACACUAUGGUGGGCAUGGGGAUAGGAAUGAUGACAAACACAGCGGGGAGCAGAAAAGAUCGGUUUGGGCUGCAAAGAGUGAAGGUGAACCCACGCUGGAAUGGUUUCGCAUUCAGGAUAGCAUCUUGACGACUGAAACACAUAUACUGCUUCUCUUUGAUUGCUGUUUUGCGGGUCAAGCUGGCCGAGGGAGAGAGCAAACGCCCACUCGAAUUGAGCUUCUUGCCGCAGCAGCUAUGAGCGUGAAAACCCCGCUGCCAGGGCCACGUUCAUUCACUACAGCUCUCAUCAGAGUAAUCACCGCUGGCCUGGAGAAAGAUGGACAAGUAACAGUAUCUGACCUCAAUCGGCGAUUGAUGUCUCGGGAGAGUGAUCUCUUUGCAACCCCAAUUCACGUGAACCUGGGUCAAGACCAAAAAUCAAUAUGUCUGGAGCCACUUCGCCGAAAUGCACAACCCAAUCUUGACCAUGAAGCGAGUGGACCUUCCUUCCAGCUCCUCAUCAAAACGAGAGCUCAGCUAGAAAAGUCGGAUCUAGAUGAGAUUGGGCGAUGGCUUGGUGAGUAUAUGCCUUCCACGGUAGCGACUUUGCAUGUCGAAAAGGUUCUUCAAACAACGAAAUUCAUUCAGAGUUUCAUUGAAGGAGUUCGCAAAGGUGAUGAACCUCUUAUAAAAGGAUUGAAGGAUCCAGCUGUGGUAGACGUUCUGAGUGCAUGGGACAGUGCGUUGGCCAUCUUGAAAGGGAUAUUGGUGGAACAGAGAGGCCUUCGUCAACCAUAUAGAGACACUCCAAUAGCUCAAAAGCUGGCCGAGAGACUCCUUGAGAAACUCGAUACAGAGAAUUCUGAUUUCGUGGAUCUAUUGGAGCAGAAGCUCUUGUACGUCCCCAUGUUAGCAGAGGAAGCAAUCAACAGUACUGCUGCCACCACGCUCGGAAUGGCAGAUCAACUACGACUCCGACAAAUGAUUUGUGCUUCAGAGACAUCACCAUCUGAUGUCGUCUCUGAAGAAUCUCCAGGAAAAGAGAAUGAGAAAGGCUAUGCUAUGAUGCAGGAAUAUCGGAAGUAUGGUCCAUACGUGGAUCCGGCUCAGAUCCCAGCCUUGACAAACCGAGUAUGCCGCUUGGCAGAACUAUUGAAUGCACCAAAGAGCUCCGACUUUCGUUCGCUAAGAUGUACUCAAUGGUCUCACAAUAAUAUUGAACAUCAAUACGUGCUUCAUUUCGAGAUUCCCAGCAUCUACGAGAGUCAGAACAAAUCAUACCAAACCUUGCAAUCAAUCAUCCAAAAACAAAGAGGAUCCACACGACCUUCCCUCGACGAAAGAUUCAGAAUGGCAUUUCUCCUGGCCAAAGCAGUUGGGAAAUGGCAUUCCGUGGGCUGGUUACAUCAAGGCAUCAGCAGUCCUAACAUCAUUUUCUUUAGCUUCAAAGACGGUCUAAUAGAUUACUCAAGUCCCUUCCUCGGUGGAUUUGAAUUUGCACGCCCAGAUUCCGAUCCUUCCGUCGGAUAUGCAGCAGAUGAUGUAGCUUUUAACGUCUACCGUCGCCCGGCCAGGCAAGGUGAAACACGAAAUGGGCGUCGCAAAAUCCAUGACAUUUAUUCUCUGGGCGUUGUCCUUCUUGAAAUUGGGCUUUGGCAGAGAGCAUCUGUCAUUGUGAAUACGAAAGAGAAUGGAAUCGUAUCAGCACGGGCGAUGGCACAAAAAUUACGAAUAGCGGCUGCAGAAAGACUUUCUCAUUAUGCGGGGAGAAGUUAUAAGGCUGCCGUGGAAGCAUGUCUUAAUUCGGACUUCAGCAUGGAUACGGAAUCAGAAUUAGCACGCUCUUUCAAGGAGAUGGUCCUUGAACAUGAGGAACAGUAG